AUGCGUUUUGCCUUCGUUUUCGUUUUUGCGCUUAUCAGCGGCCCAAUCUUUGUUAGAUGCGCCUCAACGGAUACUACUGGGGGCACAACAGGCUCAACGGGCUCUACCGGCAGCACAACGGGUACUACCGGCAGCUCUACGGGCACUACCGGUAGCUCAACAGGCAGCUCAACUGGUACUACUGGAAGCUCAACGGGUACUACCGGCAGCUCAACAGGCAGCUCAACGGGUACUACCGGUAGCUCAACAGGCAGCUCAACGGGUACUACUGGAAGCUCAACGGGCACUACCGGUAGCUCAACAUCGACCCCAGCAGGCAGCUCAACAUCCACAUCAUCAAGCACCCCAGCAGCUAGUUCUUCCUCCAGUACUUCCUCUAGUCCUUCUACCACCCCAUCCACAAAUACUUCUUCUUCCGAUACCAGUUCCAGUACCACAAACGAUUCAGCGGAAGUCGAAAGACUUCGCCUAUUGGAAAUACUUAAUCGUCUGAAAGCUCAGCGUCGCCGCAUGAGAAACGAGCUCCGCAAAUCAAGAGCUCGUGCAGCCGCGAUCCGAAGAAGACGCAAUGCUGCGGCUAAUAGGCGCCAACGCCAACGCAGAGUUUUUGCUCUCAUCAGCGGCCCAAUCGUUGCUAGAUGCGCCUCAACUGAUACUACUGGGAGCUCAACGGAUACUACCGGUAGCUCAACAGGCAGCUCAACGGACACGACCGGCAGCUCAACAGGCAGCUCUACUGGCAGCUCUACUGGCAGCUCAACUGGCAGCUCAACAGGCAGUUCAACAGAUACUAGCGGUAGCUCAACAGGCAGUUCAACUGAUACUAGCGGUAGCUCAACAGGCAGCUCAACAUCCACCCCAGCAGACACCUCAUCAUCCACGUCUUCAGGCACCCCGUCAUCUAGUUCUUCCACCACUACUUCUACCAGUCCUUCCACCAGUCCAUCAACAAGUACUGCAACCAGCAGCCCAUCCACAAGUACUUCUUCUUCUAGCAGCACAAGCGAUUCAACAGAAGCCGAAAUACUUCGCGAAACAAUUCAGCGCUUGAGAGCCGAACGUCGCCGAUUGAGAAAAGAGCUUCGUAGAUCAAGAGCUCGUACAGCCGCGAUCCGAAGAAGGCGCAAUGCUGCGGCUAAUAGGCGUCAACGCCAACGCGCAAAUAGGGCCAAUCGCCGUGGUUGA